AUGGCCACGCGCCGGGCCCUCUCAUCCAUCCUCCGCUCCGCCUCUCGCCUCCGCUCCGCCUCACCGUCCCCGUGCCCGCGCGCGCCGCUCCACCACCGCCCGUCCCCCGCGGGCUUCAUACUCAACCGCGCAGCCGCCUACGCCUCCUCCGCCGCGGCCCAGGCCGCGCCCGCUCGGCCGCCUCCUUCCACCGGCAAGAAAACCGGUGGCGGCAAGAUCACCGAUGAGUUCACCGGCGCCGGCGCCAUCGGCCAGGUGUGUCAGGUCAUCGGCGCCGUCGUGGACGUGCGCUUCGACGAGGGUCUGCCCCCGAUCCUGACGGCGCUCGAGGUGCUCGACAACAACAUUCGCCUCGUGCUCGAGGUGGCGCAGCAUCUCGGGGAGAAAAUGGUCCGCACCAUCGCCAUGGACGGGACAGAGGGGCUCGUCCGCGGUCAGCGUGUUCUCAACACCGGCUCUCCCAUCACUGUCCCUGUUGGUCGGGCAACGCUUGGACGCAUUAUGAAUGUUAUCGGUGAGCCUAUUGAUGAGAAGGGAGAUAUAACAACAAAUCACUUCCUCCCUAUCCAUCGUGAAGCCCCAGCCUUCGUCGAGCAAGCUACAGAGCAGCAAAUUCUUGUUACUGGAAUCAAGGUCGUGGAUCUUCUUGCACCUUACCAAAGAGGUGGUAAAAUUGGUCUCUUUGGUGGUGCUGGGGUGGGAAAAACUGUCCUUAUCAUGGAGCUGAUUAACAACGUUGCCAAGGCCCAUGGUGGUUUCUCUGUCUUUGCUGGUGUUGGAGAACGUACUCGUGAGGGUAAUGACCUGUACAGAGAAAUGAUUGAGAGUGGUGUCAUUAAGCUUGGUGAUAAGCAGAGUGAGAGCAAGUGCGCUCUUGUCUACGGUCAAAUGAAUGAGCCUCCUGGUGCUCGUGCUCGUGUUGGGCUGACUGGUUUGACUGUUGCUGAGCAUUUCCGUGAUGCUGAAGGACAGGACGUGCUUCUCUUCAUCGAUAACAUUUUCCGUUUCACCCAGGCGAACUCUGAGGUGUCUGCUCUGCUUGGGCGUAUUCCAUCUGCUGUGGGAUACCAACCCACCCUUGCUACUGAUCUUGGAGGACUGCAGGAGCGGAUUACCACCACAAAGAAGGGUUCUAUUACAUCUGUUCAAGCUAUUUAUGUGCCUGCUGAUGACUUGACAGAUCCUGCUCCUGCAACCACCUUUGCCCAUCUUGAUGCUACUACUGUGUUGUCACGUCAGAUUUCUGAGCUUGGUAUUUACCCUGCCGUUGAUCCUCUCGACUCCACAUCCAGAAUGUUGUCCCCCCAUGUUCUGGGUGAGGAGCACUACAACACUGCUCGUGGUGUUCAGAAGGUUCUUCAGAAUUACAAGAAUCUUCAAGAUAUUAUUGCCAUUCUGGGAAUGGAUGAGCUCAGCGAAGAUGACAAGUUGACGGUCGCUCGUGCUAGGAAGAUUCAGCGGUUCCUUAGCCAGCCUUUCCAUGUUGCUGAAGUUUUCACGGGUGCACCUGGAAAGUAUGUUGAGCUGAAGGAGAGUGUCAAAAGUUUCCAGGGUGUUUUGGAUGGCAAGUAUGAUGACCUUCCAGAACAGUCAUUCUACAUGGUUGGAGGAAUAGAGGAGGUCAUCGCCAAGGCAGAGAAGAUUGCCAAGGAAUCUGCAUGA